AUGGCGUCUGCUACUGCCGCCGACAUCCAGGGACCCUCUCACCCGAAUCCAGAAGGGCUAAACACAUCCGCAAGCACGCAAUUCCCACCAAUCAAUAUCGGCACACGCAACUCGGUUCUUGCGCAAAUCCAGGCGCGCGCGGUUGAAAGAAGCUUAAAGGAAGCAAACCCUCAGAGGACCUACAAUAUAUGCCCUGUAGUGGUUCAAGGUGACAGGGAUAAAACCACGCCUUUGCAACAGUUGAGCCAAGGUGAAAAUGCAAAGAGUUUAUGGACCGGAGAGUUGGAGAGCAUGCUGGAGUCGGGUGAUCUGGACAUAAUUGUGCACUGUCUAAAGGACAUGCCUACUCAACUACCGGAACACCUCGAGCUCGGUGCCAUUCUCGAACGUGAAGAUCCUCGCGAUGCCCUGAUUAUCUCUCCCCGCCUACCCAAAGAAACCACAUUGGCUACAUUGCCUCAAGGCGCCACCAUUGGAACGUCAUCUGUACGCCGAGCUGCGACACUACGAAUGUUAUACCCACAUCUGAAGUUUGCCGAUUUGAGAGGCAACGUUGGUACCAGGUUAGGUAAGCUCGACGCCGAAGAUUCGCCGUACUCGGCUAUCAUCUUAGCUGCUGCUGGUUUGAAACGCAUGGGCCUUGAUAACCGCAUCACACAAUAUCUGAGUGGCAGCAAUGGGGGUAUGCUGCAUGCUGUCGGCCAGGGCGCUUUAGGCAUUGAAAUCAGAAAGAACGACAAGGCCAUGAAGGAGCUUUUGAGCACUAUCCGAUGCGAACGGACAACCAGAGCGUGUUCAGCCGAGCGGACACUGUUGAGGACCCUAGAGGGAGGGUGCAGCGUACCUAUUGGUGUUGAGACAUCAUGGAGGGGCGGGAAAGGCUUGUCCGUUGGCACACAGCCAGCAAAAGACUAUGACAAGCACGGAAAUGCCAUGGAAGAGGAAGAGCCAGAUAUGGAUGAUCAAGAGUUGGUGUUGAAGGCUUUGGUGGUCAGCGUCGAUGGCAAAGAAUCCGUCACAGCCGAGGCUGCCCGAAAAGUUCGCAAUGCGGAAGAGGCGGAAGAAAUGGGAAGGGAAGUCGCCAAGGCGCUGAUCGAAAAGGGUGCGGAUAAAAUCUUGCAAAAGAUUAGUGUAGAGAAGCAAUGGGCAGCGAAGAAGCAGCUUGAAGAGUUGAAGGCAAAGUCUGGCAGCUCAUAG